CGUUUAUGUUUAUCCUUAAAUAGGAGCUAAUGAUUUAAAAACAUUUCUAUAUUGCAAAAGAUAAUACGCUAGUAUAUUUUGAUUAUUCAAGUUUGGUUUGGUAAACAUUUGCCUCCAUUUCCGAUUCUGAAGAUAAAUACCUAGUUUGGUAUCUAGGUACCUAUUAAAAUUUAUAUAAAUGAAACGUCAAAAAGACAACCGACUACCAACAACGCAACAGCUGAUUAUUUGACAUUGCAAAAAAAAAAUAGCUAAAGUUUGCAAAAAGUAAAAACAGAGAGCGAAGCAAAAAACCAAUUCAAGUAUUUGAUUAUUGAAUUUGUAACAGUAGUUUUAUUCUGCGUAGACAUUUAAUUCAUUAAUAAUACUGAGAAAAUAAGCGUCUAACCUAUAACGAUGCUUCGUAUACCGGUUAAACGCAGAAUACACCCACAUAACUCUUGGAUACGUUCGAAAAGUUCAAGUUCGAGCAGUUUCAUAAGAAGUACCUUUAUAGAUUACUUUGUGAGCCAGCAUGGACAUAAACAUGUAAAAUCUAGUCCUGUAGUGCCGUUGUUUGAUCCCACUGUGCCCUUUGUAAAUGCUGGCAUGAAUCAGUUCAAAGGUGUAUUUCUUGGCACUGUAGACGCACCAUAUCCUCGAGUAGUGAACUCGCAGAAAUGUAUCCGUGUUGGAGGCAAGCACAAUGAUCUGGACAUAGUUGGGACUGAUGGACAUCAUCAUACAUUCUUUGAGAUGCUCGGCAAUUGGUCUUUUGGUGAUUACUAUAAGAAAGAAGCAUGCCGCAUGGCGUGGAAUUUACUACUGGGUCCGUACAGGCUGAAACCUGACAAUUUGGUUGUUACGUACUUCUCCGGUGACGCUGCCAUCGGUCUUACUGAAGACAGAGAGUGCAGAGACAUUUGGAAACAAAUUGGCGUGCCAGAAAGCAGAAUACGUGGAUUGGGCGCGGCCGAUAACUUUUGGGAGAUGGGCGCCACUGGUCCGUGCGGACCGUGCACCGAAAUACAUUACGUACAUCCAGACGGCAGCCUCACCGAGAUAUGGAACCUCGUGUUCAUACAGUGUAACAGAGAAACAAACGGCUCAGUAUCAAGCCUGCGACGACAGCACGUGGACACGGGGAUGGGUCUGGAACGGGCGGCGGCGCUGCUGCAGGCCGUCCCUAGCAACUAUGACACCGACCUCUUCCAGCCGAUCAUACGCGCCAUCCACAAGAAUAGCAAGGGUAUACCAGCUUACAGCGGUCGGUACGGGUCCGACGCGACUCUAGACACUGCGUACAGACGGUUGGCCGACCACGCUCGAAUGGUGUCCGCGUGUUUAGCCGAUGGCGCGUUUCCUGCUAGCAACCUAAACCUAAAGCAGAUAAUGCGAAAAUCGUUCAAAAUCUCAACGGACAUAUUUCAAAAUCCUCGCUUACUUAUACACCUCUAUGACGAAGUAGUGAACACCCUCGGAACUACAUAUCCAGAACUGGAGAAGAAAGAGAAAGAUGCUAAAGUGAUUAUUGAGCACGAGAUGCACGCGUAUGAGAAGAUGAGAGCUGGUUUGGUGAAGAAGUGGCGGGAGCUGGUGAAACAGUAUCCCGAGGUCGAGGAGAUGAGCGACGUGGAACUUGGUGGGUUUGCUCUGGGCUAUAAGGAGUUUAAAGAGACAAUUGCUAAACAAAAAUCAAUCGUAAUCCCAGGAGAAUUAGUUUUCAAAUUAUAUGACACACAUGGUUUCCAAGAGGAACUAAUUGAGAGAAUAGCCAAAUUAAACAAGUUAGAAAUCGACAAGGAAGGAUUCUGGAAACUUCUAUCACAACACAAAUCUAGGCACAAGACAGCUUUUAAAGAACAAAGCUCCAAUAAAGGCCUAUUAUUUGAUCUGACCAUAGAGAAAUUAAUCAAAAGUGGAGUAACUUCAACUAAUGAUGUACACAAAUAUGAGUAUCAGGUCAUAGACAAUAAAAUUGAAUUUAAACCACUAAAGACCAAUGUAAUAGCUAUUUUAAGUGAAGACUGCGAAUGGAUAGACUAUUUAGAGCCGUGUGAAAAUAAACCUUAUUAUUUAGUAACGAAAGAUACAAAUUUCUAUUGCGAGGAAGGCGGUCAAAUCGCUGAUUACGGUGCUAUCCGGAUAAAUGAAGACUUCACCUUGAAAGUGGACAGUGUCUUCAAGAUUCGUGACUUCGUAUUUCACAAGGGUUAUUUCAGUGUGAAUCAAGCUAAAGACUGUAAUUAUAUAAAUAAUAAAAGUGAUAUAAUUUUAGAAAUUGAUAGCGAUAGAAGACUGAAUAUAAUGAGAAAUCAUACUGGUGUUCAUUUGCUGAAUGCAGCUUUAAAACAAGUUCUACCAAAUAGUGUUGUGUGCCAGAUAGGAUCCGGUGUUACAGAGAAAGGACUAUAUUUAAAUUUGUCGGUUUACGGGGAGAAGCUGUCGCAAGAUGUGGUGUUGCAGGCACAAAACUUAAUUAGACAAUCGAUCCAUGCCAAUGCACAAGUGGAGACGAGGGUAGUGGAUGAUGCUCAAAUAGUGCAAGCGGAGGAUGUGACCACAGUUCCUGGAGAGCUGUACCCGGAAAGAGGGCUGCGGGUGGUGGGGGUGGCGCCGCCUCUACUCUCCAAGGAGCUGUGUUGUGGAACACACGUGCCCUCUACCGGGGUUUUGGAGGACUUCUGCAUCACUAACAUCAAAGGUGCCGGCAGUAAUACACCGACCAUACAUGCGCUGACUGGCGACGCUGCUAAAGAGGCCCGCGAACUAUUCUGUCGAGCGGAGAAACUCGAGCAAGUGAUUGACCUGGCCAGCUCCGAGCGUCGCCACGAGGAAAUAUCCAGCAUCAAGCAGCAGCUGCUGGAACUGUGCGGUACCAGUGGCGCCCCCUACGGCGAAUACGCGGCGUGUCUCGCGCGUGUCAACACUCUGCUCAAGAAGAAUGUCAACAAGAAUGAGAUGGCGUUACAAGUGAUAGCGGAGAUCGAAGUGCGUGAGACGUUCGCGGAGGCGCGCGCGGCGGGCCGGCAGUUCGUGGUCCACUUCGUGCGCUGCUCGUACCUGAUGCAGGCCGACGGGCUGGCGGCCGCGCUGGCCGCCAGCGGGCUGCCCGAGGACGGCACGGGAGCGCCCGCGCCCUCGCUGCUGCUGGGCUGCGCCGGAGGAACUAUCCUCGCCACGUGCCGGGUGCCACAGGAGUUGGUGAGCCCGUCUUUCAGCGCGGAGCGGUGGCUGGGCUGCGUGGCGGCGGUGUUCGGCGCGCGACUGCUGACGCAUGCGGACGCGGCCGAUCGCACGCUGUAUGCAGAGAUGGCCGGCGCUAAGGUGAGCCUGAUAAACUGCGAGCAACUAGUGCAGGACGCGAUGCGUGUUGCGAUCAAGUAUGCGCAGGCGCACGUCAAAGACAAUGGCGACCGUAGCGCCACCGGCGGCCACACCACCAAGAACAGGCAGCAGAAUUAAAGUUAAUUAUCACAGAGCGCGGGAUUUAAUUGGCGUUUUAUAGAAUUUGGAUAUUUCGUUUUCUUUAUAGUUUGUUUUAAUAAAAAUUAAUAUGUAGGCAAACGAAUAAUUGGCCCGGCCAUAAGUUAAUUUGAUGAUGUCCAAGUAGUGGCAGCUAUAAAAAAAUCGAUUGAAUGUUUAGAUUUGUCAAUAACUACCAUUUCCCAAAGAGGGUUGACGUCAGGCUGGCGGCCGGUCGUAAAACUAAAAACCAAAUCUUUUUGUAAUAUGGAUAACAUCAUAUUACGCCGACCACAAAUGAUUGGGAUAAGGGUAGGAAGAUGAUGAAUAACUACCAUUUCUAACAUAACUCACAUAACUAACCAUUCGUGUUUCUACCGUGAAUCAGUUGUGUUUGCAUGGCUGUGUUUCGGUUUGAAUGGUGGGAUAUGGUGUGAAUUUACAGGAUACAGAGGAAUAACACCUGAGUCCUCAGAAAUGGCAACGCAUAGGGGGUAUCAUGGGCGAAACAGUAUAUUCUGUUAUGUCCAUGGUACUGCUCAUGUCUAUAGGCAACGGCUACUACUUUUCAUCAGGUGGGCCGUCAGUUUGUUUGCCAUUCUAAGUUGUAUAAAAAAAAAUUACUAGCGAUUCAGGCUGGCAAUACUAAUAAUAGUAUAAAAUAUAAUAAUGUAGUAGAAUAAUAGUAGAUGGAAUUUUUUAAAAUAAAAUAUAUUUCACUCCCGAAUAAUGUAUAUUUCUAUAGGUGAGAGAAUUUUUAAAGUCGUUUAAGUUGUUUUUGAGAUUAUCAAUUACAAACAUAUUUUUCCACUUUAUAAUGUUGUAAAGUAUAGAUUUUAUUUAAAAAAGGAAAGGAUUACUCUGUGAUAAUUAAAAAAAAAAAAAAAUUGUUACGUUUUUAUUAAAUUUUAUUAAAACAGACUAUAUGAGUAGAUAUUUCGUACAUAUUCGUUGUUACCAAUAAAUAUGUCCUCUAGCGAGGUCAUUUCUCGAUAAGUUCAGUAUAAUUAAUUUACAGAGUACAGAGGUAUAACACCUGAGUCCUCAGGAAUGGCAACGCAUGAGGGGUAUCAUGGGCGAAACAGUAUACUCUGUUAUGUCCAUGGUACUGCUCAUGUCUAUAGGCGACUGUUACCACUUUCCAUCAGAUGGGCCAUUCUAAGUAUCAUAAAAAAUAAUCUUAAUUAAUGUCUGUUUUAAAAAAUAGAUAGCCUUUAUUCAGCAGUGGAUUAAUCGGUUAAUUUUAAACUUUCGCGUUGUUUACACAUAUGUAUUUUAAAAACAUUAUCCGGACUUAAUGCAAUGAUUUUUUGGCAGCUAAAUAGUACCAACUUCGACUGUAGUUACUGCUCUUUUAUUGCCGACGUUCCGACAUGGAUUGCACCACAUCGAAAUAAAAAACAAAAACACUCCGUUUAGUCCCGAUAGUGAAUUUAAAAUAUGUGUAAGAAACGGGAAAGUUUGGGCAAAUGUCUAAAAUUUUUAUGAUCAAUACAGAUUCAAUAAUAUUUGGAAUUGUGAAAUAUAGUCAUUAGAGUAGAGAAAAAAAAAUCGAUUUAAUCGAGUAGUUAGUAAUUAAAAAAGAGGAUUGAAAAUUUCUCAACAAAAAAUGGAGGUAAAUUUUAAAACGUCUUUUACGAGUUUGCUCAGAAGUUGAUGUCAUGUGAGAUUAAUUAGUUUUUGUGUUUUGUAAAUAUGCGAUAGAUAUUAAUAACCGGAAUAUUUAAGUUUUAUAAACACUAAAACCAGAUAAAGAAUCUCUGCCUUAAAAAAAAUUCGUAAAAGUAAUAUGGGUAAAAUAAAAAUAUAUUUAUUAUCUAUGGUAAUUUUUUUUUCGCCUUUUCGAACAUAGAUACUUAAUGUUACUACAUAAUCUAACUUUAAUUUAGAAAUUGAGUUUUCAUUAGUAAUUAUAAUCCAGUUAACAAUUUUUUUUUUAUUAAUUGAGAUUCCAUUACAAUUAUACGACUAUGACGUUAUAGCACAUAUCGUCAUAGUCGUAGAAUACUGACGGAUCUUUAUAUGUAAUCUUCGUCAGAUCCGUCAGUAUUCUACGACUGUGACGAUAUUAUGGAUCAAAAUGACUCAGAGAUUAGUUAAAAAAAUAAAUAUACAUUUUUGGCAAUUAUAGUAUUUUAUCUUAGAUAUUCUUUGCUGACAGCUUUUAAUAUUUAUUACUUUAAUUUUAUUUUUAUAUAAUGACUAACGUAAAUUUGAUUCAAUUAAAUUUUAAAUGAUUAAUUUAAAUAUCUCAAAAUUUUUUUUUAUAUAAAUCAACUAGUCUUCCUUUCAUAUUGUACCUACCUCCUAAUUUUUUAAAUAAAUUGUUAUAUA